UGUAUUAUUAUUUGUCAUUUUCUCUUCCACACUCAUUAUUUACGUUAUAUUUUCUUUUUUACUUAUCAAUUUUUAUCGUUGUGAAAUUUCUCCUCCUGUCUCGCCCUCUCAUAUUUUCUGCACUCUCUUGCUUUUGUGUUUCUUUCCGUUUUAUGCCCGCUCAAAUCUGUUGUACAACCCAAAACGGCGCGCGGCCAUAAUGGCGCAAAGCUAUAACUUACUGGAAAAUGUCUGGCCCUAGUCAAUUUUGGUACCAAUCUCUUUGGUUCAAUGAGUGGAAUCGUUUGAUACUACUGGCAAGAUCGGGAAAUCUUGAAGCAAUUUUUGGCUUAGCGCCUUCAUGGCCGUGCGCCUUUUUGGGUGUGUCCCGCGCCGUGAAAUUGUCAAAAAAUAAUGUUUUUUGAGGCAAUUUUUACCCACUUAUCAAAAUUCCCUCUUCGAAACUUCAAUUAAUAAUUUAUUACUCAUCUUUAAUAUGUUUUUAAGGGUUGAAUGUCUUUCAUUUUUAAUACUUUUAAAUGAGAAGCCAGUCAAAUGUUGUCAAUAUCGAUCAACAAGAACGUCCAAUUAGAGAUACAAAUUCAAGCACAUCUGAAGAUUCUGAAGAAAGUUUGCCUGAUUCAUUUGAAGAAGCUAGAGCUCCAUUAACAAGGCGACCCCAGUCUGUUCAGGAAGACGAAAUUCUCAAUGAUGUUAACGAAGAAGAAAAUGAAAAUGCUCGAGAUGACCAGCCUUUUACUAAAGAAUUGACUAAAAGCAAACAAAAAAUUCCUAAAGAACGACGAAAGACUGGGUAUGCCUUCCUUCUACUUGUAUUUGCUGGAUUUUUAAAUGAUUUUGUUCUUUCCUAUAUUCACGAACUAAUUCCCGAAUCGCCUCCACUUCCAGAUUUUGCAUUUUCAAUUUUGCCUUAUUGGCCUUGGGCAUUGAUUGUUUCUGAAGUUUUGAUGAUUUCUUCCUUUUCUGCAAUGCUCACAGUUGCAAUUCUUCAUAAAUAUAGAUGGGCAGUUCUUCGCCGAAUCUUCACAAUUGGAUUUUUACUUUACCUUGGUCGCUGUGCUACUAUGGCAAUUGCUGAUCCCAAUUAUUAUUGCUCUCCAAAAUUAAAACCUGAAGAAAGAACUUUUUGGAAUAUUUUGGUUCGUGCAUUGUCCGUCUUAAUUGGACUUGGGCUUAAAAUAAAUGGAAGACAUACGCUUUGUGGUGAUUAUAUUUAUAGUGGCCAUACAAUUGUACAUGUUUUGUGUUAUCUUUUUAUUAAAGAAUACAGUCCUCGUCGUUGGCUUCCUCUCCAUAUUUUGGCAUUUGCUUUUUCUAGUGUUGGUGUAUUAUCAUUGCUUUUUUCACGAGGACAUUAUAGUAUUGAUGUAAUAAUUGCUUAUUGGAUCACUACGCGUAUUUUUUGGUUUUAUCAUACACUUGCUGAUUUUGACGAGCUUCGGCACAGCUUUAAUGGCAGAAAUCGUUUUGUAAAUGUUAUUUGGUAUCCUCUAUUUAAUUUUAUGGAACAAUCUGUGCAUAGACCGAUACCUAGAAAAUAUGAAUUGCCUUUUAAACUCCCUGCUGGUUUAAUACGUUAUUGGCAACAAAGACGUGGACGUUCAAAUUCGGCAGGAUAUUUAAUUGUUUGA